AUGUCCGGCUUCCAGUCUUCACGCUACUCUAUCGCUCCACAUGGCCGGCAGUCCUCGCUAUCGGGGUCCGGUUCAUUGGGACUGGGCUCCACCGCACCACAGCCCGCCCUCGUCGCGCGCAUCAACGAGAAGAAGCAAGAGCUAGAGAAUCUCAUUGCGCUCCGCGACCUCAGCGCAAACCUCGCGUCGCAGAUGUCACAGAUCGAGGAGAAGCUUUCCACGUUGACCGACGGAACAGAAGCCGUCGCCGCAGUCCUCUCGAACUGGGGCGCCAUCCUGCGCGCUAUUUCCAUGGCUUCCACGGCGAUUCCGAAACCGAAGGGCCCAGAAGACCCAUUCACCGAGCGGCCCGAGACUGCCGAUGACGGCUUUCCCAAGAACGAGGACGGCUUACCGAUGCCUCAGACGCUCGUUAGGCUACCGAUGCAAGAUACAAAGGAUUCGUAG